AUGGGCAAUUUGUUGAAUAAGUCAGUAAACGACUUCCUUUGUAGGAAGGCCGAAUUCUUUCGGUGCACUAAGGCCGUCAAGAAUGCUGUAAAGUCGAUAUCGACUCGACCCUCAAGAACGCACAAAACCUCUGCGGUCCUCAGCUGUGCGGCAGUCGUCACUUCGGACCGCCGAAUUCUUUCAAACGUAGUCAUUCCGCAACAUGAUUAUCAUUUGCCAAGCGGAGUCAUAAGUACGCUGCUAUGUGUAGUGCAGAAGGCGUUAGACGACGCCGGCACGUCUGUCCAAGACGUGGACGGCAUCGCCUACACCCGCGAACCCGGUAUGACUGGCUGUCUGAGCGUAGGGUCCAAUGCAAUGAGGACGCUGGCUGCCGCCCUCAAGAAGCCAUUGGACGGUCUGGAUCAUAUGCAAGCCCACGCCCUGACACCGUUUCUGACCGAGACCGAGCCCGCUGACAUGCUCCCGACGUUUCCCUUCCUCAGCCUGCUCGUCACCGCUGGGAACACGCUUCUGCUUCUUGUGAAGUCUCCACGGGACUCCAAGAUCCUCGCAGCAACAAAAGACAUGACUAUAGGAGGCGCCAUCGAGAAGGUCGCGCGAUCACUCAAGCUGCCGCGGGGCGAGCCUGGGUUAGGCGCGUCGCUCGAGGAAUACCUCAGGAAAGGGCCGCCUGAGGGAUAUGUCAUAGAGAAAGACUACGAGAUCCCACUUUACUCGACUCCCAUGCCCGGCCGCCUGGAGUUCUCCUUCGCGUCUGAACGCUCAGAUACGGAUCGGUUCUUGCGUGAGCGCGAGGAAGAUGUCGACGAGUGCACCGGAUACGCUGUCGCGUACGCGUUCCAGAAGACGAUUGUGCCUCAGCUCGAGGGCAAGCUCAAGUUGGCUUUGCGGGCGUGCAGACAGGACCGCGUACCCAUCAAGCAUCUGGUCGUCAGUGGUGGCGUUGCCAGCAACAUGUUCCUGCGGCAAACGCGAGUUGUCCGAGUUGUGAAGGAGCAGGAUGAGUACAAUCCGAUCGAGCUGAUCUAUCCUCCGGUCUCGCUGUGCACCGAUAAUGCCGCCAUCAUUGCCUGGGCAUUAAUAGAGCGUUUCCUCACGGGAGACACUGACCCUUACAGUACCAACCUGGUCCCAAAAUGGAGCGUGGAGUAUAUGUUCCCUGCUAACCGCAAGCCGAUCUCCUAGUACCAUCUUACUGUAUGAAUUGGGUCUCUGGGCGUAUAAUGCAUUCUCUACUCAUGGUUCAGAGGACGUACUCGUUGUGCAUG